UCAUACCCAACGGGAUCAGUGGUUUAUGUACGUACACACUCGAUGCGGGGAGAAAGUUGCUGGACAUGUUUUCCUGAAAGUGUGUUAUUAUUUCACAGUGUGCAACAUUGUAGACACUGUACUUACCUGGAUUUGUGAUUGACCAACAAACAUCCCAAAUCCCGUGUUUGAAUGGUUUCGAUGCAAGUUGUUUACUCUAUGGCCUGAAGAAAAGUUGUCGAACUCGAAGUAUAUGUUAUCUGUUGCGCACGAUCCCGUAAUGGAGCUGCAUGCAUUCGACUUUGGCCCAGAGGAAAUUGGCUCCGUAGAACUCGCUGUCAUAUACAUAAAAUGAUAUUGAAACAGGCCCCACACAUGAAUGAAGUACACCUGGGGAUCCAGGGCCGCCGUGACCCCUAACAGCAGCAAACUUCUUCAGAUCUGACUUGAGGGAGGAGGUGUGUGUUCUCCACCCUCUACUCUUUCCUGUCGGACUUAUGUUUCCUCCCGAGUUCCUCUGUUCUCGCCGUUAAACAAAGCAGGACACAACGGUCCCAGACCGAGGCAGUCUAGGCAGAAACACUUGGCCUCGUCCUUGUUUUUUACUCAAGUGACUGGGGAUAUAUAUAAAGGACCUCAACUUUUUCCCCCGCUGUUUGAGUUUUUUUUUUUUUUAGCUUGAUGAUUAUAGUAUGAGUCAUCCUCCCCAGCAGAAAGUGACCCCUGAUAAGAGUGGGAGCAAACAUCGGGCUGCAGCUGCCAUGAAGGAGCCCACAGUGCAGCACGCGGGGGAUGUCUUCUAUGGCGGUAUGGGCCCCCCGGCUCUGGAGUCUGCUCACAGGGUAGGGGAGCCUGGAGGCCACGGCUCUGGGGUCUUCAACCCAGAGAAGGGGCCCCAAAGUCGUGCACACUAUCAGCAGACUGCCUCUGUCAAAUGGAUGCACCAGGACCACAUCCAAGCUGCUGGCUGGUCUCAGGAUGCUUCUGGACCCCUGCCAACCAAUUCAUGGGGGCAGAACUUUAGCCUGUAUAUGGACGGCUUGAACAACGUUAGGGUUCAGAUGGCCUUCCCCAAGGGGAGCCACGAUGGAGGAGCUGCUCUGCAGAUGGGGCCAGCAGAGAAACAGGCUCCAGGUUCCAUGGAGGUUUACAGGGAGGCAACCCAAGCUCAAGCCCAGGCGAGGGGCUUAGAGUGGGGGCAGCAAGCUGCGGCAGCCGCCAUGCGUCAAGCCCAGCUCCAGGCCUUCCAGCAGGGCCAUACAGGUGUAGAUCUCCAGGCUCAGCCCCCCCAUGCCCCCUCCUCUCACCCCACCAUGCAACCAGGGUCCUUGAUCCAGCUGGCGUUCGGACCCACCAAACAGCACCUUCCGUCUGGGUACUACCCGGUGUUCCAGGGGGGCACCAAGGCCAUCCCCAACCUGAGCUACAACGAGCAGCCAAAAACCCAACAACAACACCAACUGAUGCAGCUUCAGAUGCAACAGCAGCAACAACAACAGCAGAAGCAGCAACAACAACAGUUACAUCAGCAGCAUCAUCAUCAACAACAACAACAGCAGCACCAGUUGCAGCAACAGCUCCAGCACCAAAUGCAACAGCAUCAGAUCCAACUGCAGCUGAAUCAGCAGUAUCACAAGCAGCAAAUACAACAGGAGCAACGGCAACAAAUGCAGCAGCUUCAACCGCCACACAGUUUACCACCGCAGGAAAUACUGCAGCCGAAGUCUCAGCAAAAGCCGCAGCCAAACCAACACAUCCUGAGUUAUAACCAGCCCCCUGACAACUGUCCAUCUAGAGCUAGCCCCUCAACCCCUCAGAAGGACAUGCCUCUGUCUGUGGAAACUCAGGGACUGGGACAUACACCGGAUGUAGAGACCCCGUCCACUGACCCAUCAAGCACACCCUCCGACCCCUGCCCCCCAAAUCUCACAUCGGACCCCAUGUCACCCUCCUCAGACGCAUCUCCGGCUGCCCCCCGUCGCUCCCGCCGCCUCUCCAGAGACGGGCUAUCACCACUCGUGGACCCUCCCUCACUAUCCCCCUGGAACCAGACCUUCAGAGAGGUACCCCAGAACGGUGUGGUAGCCAGACGAGAAGGGGGGGGGAGACAGGGGCCGACUGGGGGGGUUAUCCAGAGUACCCGCCGGAGGAGGAGGGCGUCGAAAGAGAUCAACUUGGAGACUCUGGCCCAGAAGGCUUCCGAGAGGGAAUCACUGCCCUCCUCCAAGAUGGCCAAGCAGCAGCAGGAGGAGGGUCUUAUGGGCAGACAAGCUGGUAUGGUGCCCCUGGUUAUCCCCGUGUCCGUGCCAGUGUGCCAGGGUCAGACAGCCCUUCCUGGCACCUGGCCUCACGGGCGCCCCCCGGGCCAGCAUGCCCUGCUCCCGCCCCAGCCCCAACACAAGCCCUCAGUCAUUGUAGCAAGCCGCCGCUCACUGAGGAACUCCCUCUCGGAGAGCUUCAGCCCGGACGGGGAGGGCGAUGCUGGUCAGGACGACGAUGGGAAAUUAGCCAAGCACAAAUGGCGGCCUCGUCCCGAGCCCCUCUUCAUCCCUCCACCCAAACCGACUACGUUCAUCGCCCCCUCGGUCUACUCCGCCAUCACUCCCUACCAGAGCCACCUGCGGUCGCCCAUCCGCCUGCCUGACCACCACUUCACCCUGCCGCCCUACACCCCGCCGCCCAUCCUGUCGCCGGUGCGCGAGGGAUCUGGUCUCUACUUCUCCACCUUCCUGUCUUCCAUCGCCGCCAGCAACCAGACCCUGCAGCCGCCACCCAACACGCCCAAGUCGGCCUCGCGCAGCCUUCUGCGAUCCACCAGCUCUACAGACAUCACACCCCCAGUCCUCCCUUUGAUCACUGACGCCACACCUGUCAGCUUUGAACCGCGUAUUAACAUUGGCCUACAGUACCAGGCGGAGGUACCAGAGCUGCAGUGUGACCGCUCGCUGACCCAGUGGGACCAGCACAAGGCUGACCUGGUCUGGCUCCCCAUGAAGGCGUCCCUGCUACGCCACGCAGAGCAGGAGACCGUGGAUGACCUGAUGAGCUUGGCCUGCUCCAGCGCUCUGUACGGCGGUGGCACCAAUCAGGAGCUGGCCCUCCACUGUCUGCAUGAGUGCGGGGGCAAUGUCCUUGAGACCCUGGCGUUCCUGUUGCUCAAGGAGCCCGUUUUCUCUGAUGGCCACCACCUGGCGGACUAUCACUACUCAGGAUCAGACAGUUGGACUCCCUCAGAGAAGCGCUUCUUCAAUAAAGGCAUCUCUACCUACAGGAAGGACUUCUUCAUGGUGCAGAAACUGGUGCAAACAAAGACAGUGGCACAAUGUGUGGAGUUUUACUACAUGCAUAAGAAACAGGUGAAGAUCAGUCGCAGGGGAAGCAUUACCUACGGACCUGCAGAGUCCCCAGCAGAUAGACACACAGAGGCAGUGGUGGAUGUUAAGAACUCUCAGGGAUCAAAACCAAGUCAGGAAGAAGUUGACAGGAAGUGGGAAGGGUCAUGUGACAGGGGUCAAGAUGGCAACCAGUCCAGGGUUUCUCAGACACUACAGGCUCACGACAAUACAGGAGUAGUGCUAGGGCACAGGGACCAGGCUGCUGUACACAAGGUUGGUCCUCCCCAUCCAACCCCUCCCUCUGCAGCCAGAAAACCUCGACCCGAGGCGGGGAAGAAGAGCAGAGCGCCCCCAAAGCCCCCCGGUGACCCAGAGGGCGUGUUCCCCUGCAAGAAGUGUAGCAGGGUGUUCUACAAGGUGAAAAGCCGCAGCGCCCACAUGAAGAGCCACGCUGAGCGGGAGAAGAAGGAAGCCGCACUCAAACUCAAAGAGGAGGAGGAGCGGGCGUUUGAGGCGGAGGCACGGGCCAGGGAGGCAGCAGAGGUUAUGCAGAAUGGGAACGGGGGUGGGAAUGGAUCAGGAGAACAGGAUGAGGUCAGUGAUGAGGGUGUGCCUUCAGAGACAGAAGAUGAAAAGGACCAGGACUGGCAGUGAGAGAGGGGAGGAAUGAGACUGAAUGAAAGACAUAUCCUACUCCCGGAAAAACAAACGAGUACAAAUAAUCUUUGUACCUGAAACAAUGAGAUUGAGUAUGGAGGUGUUCCAGGUCAUCGUUACAGAUGUGCUGCACAGACGAUCAGAUCUUACAACACCCAGGGAGGUGUUUAGAGUCUAAGGAACCACAUUUACAGAGCCUUCAGAAAGUAUUUAUACCCCUUGUCUUAUUCCACAUUUUGUUGUGUUACAACCUGAAUUCAAAAUGGAUUACAUUUAUUUUUCUCACCCAUCUACACAUAAUACCCCAUAAUAACUAAGUGAAAACAUGUUUUUAAAUGUGUUGAAAAUGAAAUAUCUCACUUACAUAAGUAUUUUUAGUUCUGAGUCAAUACAAGUUAGAAUUACCUUUGGCAGUGAUUACAGCUGUGAGUCUUUCUGGGUAAAUUUCUUAGAGCUUUGCACACCUGGAUUGUACAAUAUUUGCACAUUCUUUUAAAAAUUCUUCGAGCUCUGUCAAGUUGGUUGUUGCUCAUUACUAGACAGCCAUUUUCAGGUCUUGCCAUAGAUUUUCAAGACGAUUUAAGUCAAAACAGUAACUAGGCCACUCAGGAACAUUCAAUGUCGUCUUGGUCAGCAACAGGUUAUUGUCCAGCCUUUCUCUCUAGGAUUUUGCCUGUGCUUAGCUCUAUUCUGUUUAUUGUAAUCCUAAAAAUAAAAAUGAAUCCCUAGUGAUAAGUUUAUCCAUAACAUGAAUGAUGCAGCCACCACCAUGCUUGAAAAUAUGAAGUGGUACUUAGUGAUGUGUUGUUGGAUUUGCUCCAAACAAUGCUUUGUAUUCAGUACAAAGUUAAUUUCUUUGCCACAUGUUUUGCAGUUUUACUUUAGUGCCUUAUUGCAAAAAGGAUGCAUGUUUUUGGAAUAUUUUUAUUCUGUACAGGCUUGCUUAUUUUCACUCUGUCAUUUAGGUUAGUAUUUUGGAGUUACUACAAUGUUGUUGAUCCAUCCUCAGUUUUCUCCUAACACAGCCAUUAAACUCUGUAACUGUUUUAAAAUCACCAUUGGCCUCAUGGUGAAAUACCUGAUCAGUUUCCUUCCUCUCCGCCUACUGAAUUAGGAAGGUGUCUUUGUAGUGACUGGGUGUAUUGAUACAACAUCCAAAUUGUCAUCAAUAACUUGCUCAAAGGGAUGUUCAAUGUCUACAUUUAUUUACAUUUUUAACCAUCUACCAAUAGGUGCCCUUCUUUGCAUUAGAAAAACCUCCCUGGUCUUUGUUGUUCAAUCUGAGUUUGAAAUUCACUGCUUCACUGAGGGACCUUACAGAUAAAUGUAUGCGUGGGGUACAGAGAUGAGGUUGUCAUUCAAAAAUCAUGUUUAACCCUUAUUGCACACAGAGUCCAUACAACUUAUUAUGUGACUUGUUAAGCACAUUUUUAUUCCUGAACUUAUUCAGGCUUGCCAUAACAAAGGGGUUGAAUAGUUAUUGACUUAAGACAUUUCAGCUUUAAUUAUUUGUGAAAAUUUCUUAAAACAUAAGUCCACUUUGACAUUAUGAGGCAUUGUAUGUGUGUAUAGGCCAGUGACACAAAAUCAAAAUGUUUUCCAUUUUAAAUUCAGGCUGUAAUACAACAAAAUGUGGAAAAAGUCAAGGGGUGUAAAUACUUUCUGAAGGGACUGCAUAUGAUAUAGCAAACUUCAUAAAUGCCCGGUGCGACCUGCAAUGUCCACUUUCUCUCACAUCAGUGCCACAACUUAUCUUGCUUUUAAUUGCUUUUCGCACUCCACAUAUUUCAAUUUUUUUUGUGUUUAUUUUUCACAAGGAAAUGUGAAAGGAUUUGUAAAUGCACUGUAUUAUAUUCUACUGCUUUUGCCAAUCUCACUUCUUUUAUAUCACUUUAAUUGAAUAUCUAUAUUGGAAUAUCUAUUUUGCUAUUAUUGGAAUAUCUAUAUUGGAAUAUCUAUAUUGCUAUUUCUCUGUGUGGACUAUUUAGGUCUAAUGGUUGUUCUUAAUAGUUUGUACGCAGCGGCCGUUUAAACAAACUAGCUAUACUCUGUGGAUACCUGUUUUUGCUUACUAAAUCAUGAUCAAAGAGACUUCACUUUUAUAAUAUCCAUAUGUGUUCUAAAAUUGGGGCUAAUGUAGAUAUCACAUUGUAUGAAUUCUUCUUUACUUUUUUAAAGGAAAAUAUUGUGGGGACAAUUUUAAGAAUUGUCAGCAAACUCUAAGGUUGAAUUGCACAUUUUAAACUACAAAGUAAGGGACCUUUAAUAUUGUAUGUGUGUGUUUUGUGUAUAAAAAUGUUUAUUAAAAAGUAAUAUACUGUA